AUGAUGGGUGAACUGAUCAAGAAAUACCAUCGGGCUAUCUGCGCGGCCGACUUUCAUGAUAUCGAACGAGCCGGUACCCCGAUGACUCUGAAUCAUUACCUGAAUGAGAAUCUGCAGAAAUGCUGGAAUGGACGAUUGCAGAAGAAGUGGGAAGAAAAGGCUAUCGACGCUCAGACCUCGGGUCUCGGUUCAUCAACCAACGGGGCAUCUGAGAAAAUGAUUCGGCUUAAAGACCUUCAACGGCAGAACAACAUAGGGACCUCAGGACAUACCCUUAAAAGUAUCCAUGACAUCUUGAAAUGUUACUACAAGGUUGCUUGCCGGCGGUUCGUUGAUAAUGUCUGCAUGCAAGCGUCGGAUCAUUACCUGGUCACGGGCCUGGAACCACCUCUGAGGCUCUUUGACCCUGCCUGGGUCAUAGGCCUCUCGAAUAGUCAGCUGGAAGAAAUAGCUGGCGAGUCCACCACAACCAAACGCCAGCGUCUCCGCCUUCGAAAAGAAGUCCAGGAUUUGGAGAGUGGGCGAAGGGCGUUGGUGGAAUAA